UUAUUGUCCUAAUUGUUUACUUAUAAGCAAACUCUUUAUUUACUCGUAUUUAUAUUCAGAAAUUUGACAGAAUUGGACGGAUUGAUUAAAACUCCAAUUACGUUCUUCGCCUCGAUAUUGAUCAUUUGUCGCCAAAGCUCAAAGUAGUUUUAACUAAUAGUUUUAACUCAAGAGAUAACUAGUUGCACAUAAGUUACCAUAGGGAAAAUGAAGCGAGUUGCAAUUGCGAAAGAAUCAAAUCUGAAAACAUUGUCCUCCAAGGAGAUUAAAAAUGAGUUCUUCAAGGCAAGUACCGAAGAAAAAAUAAAGAUGUUGAGGGAUAAAAUGGAUCUUGUACUUCAUAACCAAAAGAAAAUGAUAUUGGUUUUGCGCCAACUGACGACGGCUCAGCCAACUGAUUCUCCAGGACCUCAGAUACUUGCUAUCAGUAGCAUGAUUCCUGAACCGGGAGGCUGGUCACCUCAACUAUUCCCACUAAAGAACUUGGAACAAAUAGAGACGAUGGAGGAGGAAAUGAAUGAUCCCAUUAAAUCAUCGAUUUAUAUCGAAAUCAUGCGAAAUAUUUUGAAACCCGGCGGUUCACCUCGUCCUGGAGGCCUCAAAAAACAAUUUCAUCUUAUACUCGCCAUAGACUUUUUGGUUGACUUCAAUUUUGAUGGCAUCCACAAUAAAAUACCUCUGAAGAAGUUUGGAAAUUUCAAUAAUGCUUUGUUUGAAGCUCAAAAGCAGGAAGGAUAUUUUAGAGAUGACUACAUCGCUGAAAUCAGACUGGCGUUCCGAGUUUACAAAAAUCGCAGGCAUAAAAGUGUAUCAGAUGCUCGAAAAAAAAUUAAAGAAGCCAAAGCCCAUAUGAAGCCCGAGUUAAAAUUUGAAGAGUUUUUGUAUACAGAAUGAAAUAAGAUUACCGAUAACUAUUUAUACAAGCGAAUUUACAGGUAAAAGGGUUGUGUGCAAAUAAACAAAUUUGUAAACAAGAUCUUUUAUUUGUUUAUCAAGCAUAGAGCGUGCAAUUGCAAUGUUACGAUUGUACAACUAAGACUAAAUGGGCGUUGCAUAUCUCAGAUUAUUUUAAAGUGCUCUAUUAAGUUCGCUUCGUUGACGGUAUCAUCCAAAAACUCGCGUGCCCAUGCGAUUAGAUUAGAUGCCUAUGCCUAUGUGCUAGGUUUUUAAAGCUUCCAUUGGAAAUACAUGUUGCCUAGUCGUAAACCUGUAUCGCUCAGUUAGAGACCACCACUGGACGCGGCUGCUUCUAUACUUUGCGGCUAGCUGGCUGACCGAUAAGGCAUUGAGAAUGCGGAUGGAAAACGGAAGACUCUGGGGAACGCUGCACGACGGCAAAUUUGAGGUGCGCAGUGUCACUCACUCCGACCUGGAAGAGGCGCUAGAUGUUCUCGACGGCUCAUUCUUUCUUAAUGAAUCGGUGUGUGUUGCCUGUGAAAUUAAUUUGCCGGAAAACCGCCAAGCUCGUUUGGAUUUGCGAGAAUUGUGCAGAAAAACCGCUCUGGAUGGUGUCUCAUUGUUGGUCAAAGAGGCGGAUACUGGUCGUGUGGUGUCCGUGUCGUUUAAUAAAAUUCAGUAUGCACCACCACCUGGCGAGGAUCACUUCUUUUUGAAAUUCCGGAACGAGGAAGUUAAAAGUCCUCAGGCGAGGCGUCUAAUGGACUUUAUGAUCGAAGUGGAUGAAAGAAUUGAUGUGUGUGCCAUGUUCAACAUGGUGUGCUUCUGUGAACUGAUGUUUCUGGCCACUUUACCGAGCCACGAGCGAUUGGGAUUGGGUCGAUCGUUGUCCCAGUUCACAAUUGAACUGACCAAGGAGCUGGCCGAAGGAAAGGGCCUGGAGGAUAUCGAUGAAAAACUAAGAUCCAAACGCCCAGCUGCCGUCACCGCACUCUGGACCUCUAGUUUCUCUCAAAAAGUUGGAAAAGCCACAGACUUUAAAGUGAUCAACACCGUUUCUUAUUCGGAAUUUGAGUACAACGGGAAGAGAUUUGACGAGCGAAUCAAUCCAAUUCACAAGUUUUGCGAACAUGUCAUCUAUAAAUUUUAAAAUAUAAAAGUAAAUUU